AUGGAGGAAAAUUUGUUGAAUCAAGAACCUGAUGAUAAUGAAAUUAAUGAUAGUGACGUUGUUGAAAAUAGAAACCCUGCUGAUGUAGUUGAGGAUGCUAACUUAGACGAGUUUAUUGAACAACAUAGAGAUGAUAUAGAGGAAGCUCGCCUUGAUAUUUUACGUGAGUUCAGCAGGACUGAACAUCAAGAAUAUUCAGAAAGAGACUCGCUCCCAAAAAUCAUGCAAAGCUCAAAACUUCGACAAACGAUCAAAAUUUAUAACGUUGCUUUAAAGGAUGUCUUAGAUAACCAAAAGCUUGAUUUGUCUACUCUUAACACAUAUAUUUACGCUACUGGGAAAGCAAUCUCAAACACAAUGGGGAAUAAACUUAAGAACAAAACUAAGAAACAUGUUAAUAAAGCACCAAAAUGGAAAAUCAGGCUACAAAAAGAGAUUGAUACUCUACGGGCAGAGUUAUCAAUACUAGAUGAAAUAUCAAAAGGUACACUUGUAAAAACUAGAAAAGCUCGAAAUGUUAAAAAACGAAAUGAAGUCACAGAUGAAAGGUCUCUGCUGACUGCAAAAGAAACAAUCAAACAAAAAAUACAGGUAAAGGCCCAACGACUCCGCAGAUUUGACAAAAGAACUCGGUUCUAUAGGCAGAAUAAAAUUUUUCAGACUGAUGCAAAGAAGUUCUAUAGAGAAAUAGGUAAAGGAACAAUUAAUGUUGAGGAGCCCCCGGUUGAAGAAGAUAUGACUAACUUCUGGAAUGGUAUUUGGGGAAAAGAGAAAGAGUUUAAUAGUGAAGCCGAAUGGAUUAAGAGAGAACAGGAGAGGAUGAAUGAAGUGGAACAACAACAAUGGGAUGAAAUAACAGUAAUCGAAUUGCGUAAUGCAUUAGCUAAGUCGCAGAAAUGGAAAUCUCCGGGCGUGGACAAAAUUCCCAACUUUUGGUUAAAUUCUCUCACAUCUUCACAUGAGAAACUAGCAAUAAACUUUACCAAAAUUUACAGAACCCAGAAAGAGCUCCUGAAUGAUGAUAACGCCAUCCUACCACAAGAACAGAAAGGAUGUAAGAGAAACUCAUAUGGAUGCAAAGAUCAACUCCUGAUAAAUAGAACGAUUCUCGAAAACUGCCGUAAAAGUAAUAGGAACCUUAGCACUGCGUGGAUAGACUACAAAAAAGCAUUUGAUAGUGUGCCCCAUGACUGGAUCCUAAAAGCUAUAGAAAUAUAUAAAUUCUCUCCUAUUAUCACCAAUUUCUUAAAAUCAAGCAUGGAUAAGUGGAAAACUAGACUUUUUCUUUCCCAUAAAAAUGGAUCACUCAAAUCUGAACUUAUAAAAAUCAAGCGUGGAAUUUUUCAGGGAGACUCUCUCUCCCCACUUCUCUUUUGUUUAGCGCUAAUACCACUUUCUAGCGAAUUAAAUAACACAAAUUAUGGUUACAAAAUCUACAACAAGUCUGUAAAUCACCUGUUCUACAUGGAUGACUUGAAACUGUUUGCCAAAAGUGAUCAAGAUCUUGAAGGCCUGCUGACCACAGUUAAAUGUUUCAGUGAUGACAUAGGCAUGGAGUUUGGCUUAGACAAGUGUGCCAAAGCCUCAUUUGUCAAAGGAACACUGAAAGCAACAUCAUCAGUUACUCUGGAUCUAGACACUACUAUUAGAGAGUUAGACCCAGAAGAAGCCUAUAAAUACCUUGGUGUCAGCGAGGGGAAUGGCAUCAAUCAUACCUCUAUGAAAGAAAAGGUGAGGAAAGAAUACUAUAGAAGAAUCAGAUUAGUGCUUAAAACGGAGUUGAAUUCCAAAAAUCGUAUCGAGGCUUUAAAUACCCUAGCUGUCCCUGUCGUCCAAUACAGUUUUAACAUUCUGAACUGGAAAAUGGAUGAAAUAAGACGAAUGGACACUAAGACAAGAAAACUACUAACCUCCAAUAGGAUGCACCAUCCAAAAGCAGACGUUGAUCGUCUCUAUCUCCCACGGAGGAGUGGUGGUAGAGGUAUGAUAAACUUAGAAACAGCCUACAAGACCUCGACAAUAGGCAUGGCAACCUACCACUCAGUAUCUAAAGAUUGGAUGAUUAAGCUGGUCCAUCAGCAUGAACAAAGUAAGAAACUUUUCUCCAUUAAUAAAGAAGCAUGCAAAUACGAGAGAGAAUUUGAAUUAGAAGACAACGUUGCUAGGAAUGACGAGCUCCCAGCUACUAAACAAGCGAAAUCCUCAAAGUCGUCUGCAAAAAGCUGUGCUUUGAGACAAACUACAGAAACAUGGAACCAGAAAUCUCUGCAUGGAAAGUACCCACUCCGCUGCCAACAAGCUGAUGUAGACCAAACCGCAACCCAUCAGUGGCUAAGGAGUUCUGGACUUAAGGCAGAGACGGAAGGUUUCAUCUUAGCUGCCCAAGAUCAAUCUCUUUUCACAAGAAAUUACCAGGCAAACAUUCUAAAAAAUGGUGCUAAUGAAAAGUGUAGAUUCUGUGAUACACAUAAGGAAACUAUUGAUCACCUCAUAUCAGGGUGUCCAGUUCUGGCACCUAACGAGUACAAGAAUAGGCAUGACAGGGUUGGGCAAUAUUUGCAUUGGACAAUCUGUAAUUCAUACAAUAUCAAAACGUGUGAACACUGGUACGAACACAAACCUGAACCAGUUGUUGAAGGUGAAAAUGCUACCCUGCUAUGGGACUUUUCCAUCCACACUGACAGAACCAUCCAGGCAAAUAGACCAGACAUAAUUAUUAAAGAUUUUAAAGAAAAGACCUGUCUCCUUAUUGAUAUGAGUGUACCCUGUGACCAAAAUAUUGCUCAUAAAGAAUUUGACAAGCUCAGCAAGUAUAAAGAUCUAGAGAUAGAGAUUAAAAAAAUGUGGAGUCUGAAAGCUACCACCGUCCCUGUAAUUGUUGGAGCACUUGGGAUGAUAAAAAAGCAAACUCAAAAACACCUUGACAGUAUUCCUGGAGACUGGGUGUCUCCCGGUAAGGUUAAAAAUACGUGGAAACUCAGUCUUCUUUCUCAGCUGAUUGGGAGGAUCGUUGAGAAGGAAUCCAACCCUUUUAACCUCCUGACCUUGAAUCCAAAGGUCAUUCUAAUAGGAUUUCCCAGGACGUCAAAGAUCCAGGGGGCGCCUAAGAGACCUAAGAGGUUUAGGGCUGGAGACGAACGUCAGGUUAAGCGCACCGUAGAGCGAGAUAAUCUGGUCCACUGCAAGGCUAAGGCAGCUGUUCAGACAAGUCCCUCAAAUGAUUCCUCCCAAAAGCCAUAA